AUGGCCCCUCAUAACGAACCUGCACCAGCUACGGACACCUCCGACAUUCCUCCCUUCGCAAAGCCUCUCGCUCCUUACAUCAAGAGUCGCCAGGAAGCUCUUCGCAUUCGACAAGCAUUGACAAGAUAUCUCCGCUCACACAUAACCUUCGUCGAUAAUGACCCCGAGCAUCCGGAUUAUCUCUCCCAAUCCCACCUCGCGCUAUGUGUCUCGGACAAUGCGGUGUCGGACGUGAAGCGGAUACCAACGGAGUUUACGGGAUUGAGGAAGGAAUACUUAGAGGCGCUACAAGCGAAUGUGGCCGCAAGGAAGCAGAGGCAAUCAAUAGCCGAUAAAGUGUCUGCGCAGCGCUCUGGAGGAACUGGGACAGGGAGACCCUUUCCAGACAGCUCCUCAGAGUUGCAGGCUUACCUUCGACUCGUCCGUGAUCGGCGACGACACGCGAAGCUCCAAGUCUUUGAACAUUAUCUCCACGAGCUACAAAACCGCAAUAGCCUCCGACUCGAAGAUUUUGAGAAUCAGGAUGGCCGAAACCAAACCGCAUUGCUUGAAGAGUUCGAAGUCGAGAAUGAAGGCAACGGCGCUGUACCCGGUGAUGUCGAGGAGCUUGUGCAUAAACUGGAGAGGGCAGUCAUCCGCGCUAAAUCUCAACUAGACCAGGAGAAGAGGUUAUAUGCAGAAUUAAAAGCUCGGGCCGUGACCGAAGGUAGCAGGACAGAAGAACCCGUCCCAUCUGUGAAGGCUGUGGCUCUCCAGAAAACCCGAGAUGAGCUUAUACAAUGGGUAGAGGAUAAGCUUGUCGGAAGUGGGAACAGUGAAGAACCUCCUAUGCGGGAACUGCCUGCUGAAGAGAUCGAGGAGUCUGCUCGUAUCCUCGAAGAACAGAGGGUGCGCAUUAUACAGCAGUAUGCAAUUUACACUGAAACUCGCAAGCGCCUACUAGAAGCAGCUGCUCGAGCAUGUCAGCCGGUUUCGACAGCCUCCACCAAGCCUUCACCGCGAACUCUGGAUCAUCGCCCAUCUUCUUCAGAAGAGGCGCCACCGAUAGAACCUUUGCAAGUUCAGUCUUAUGCUAGCGAUGUUCUCCACCCUGUUUCUAAAGCUCAGCGGGCACUAGCCCUACAAAAAUUCUACCUGUCUGGCAUGCUUGCUAAGGAAAAAAGCACCGCGAUGCGUAUGCUCAAUCGCUUGAGUGAUGAAAGCCACCUUCUUCCUGAAUAUCCGAUUCUUGCUCGUCAACCUCGCUUCAAGCACGCGACAGCAGCACUCAACAACCGAAAUGCUGCCAGCCAAGCAGACCCCGCAAAGCAGGACGAAAUUGUGAACAUGGCCGAGGCAUGGGCGUUUGCAUCCUCGGCGGCCGGGUCCGGCGAGAAGGACUACGUGGAACAAAAGGUUGAAGAUGGCAAUGAACGUGCAGACCGUGCCGAACAGGAGCUACAGAAAGUCUAUAGCCUGCUUAACCAGGACCUAGAGGAAGCUCUCGAAGGUGAGCAGGAUCAGAAAAACAGCGAUAUAUGGGCGCAUGAAGCUCGGGCCACUAGGUCCUCGGCCAGACUGGCUCGGGCUGAAAAGCGUUCAAAAGGGCCGUGGUCGCGCUUGAACGGCAUGGUUGGAGUCGCGGACUAG